UGCAGUUCUUGCCUCCCACACACUUUUUUUCCCUGAUUCCUUUGCGUCCCCCACCCCCCUUCUCUCUCUCUCUCUAUAAUUUUGCUGUUUUCUCAUUUGAAACUUCCUAGGAGGAGAGCCACACACUUCUGUACAGCUAGCUCAGACGUUGUUUAGAAAAUGAAUCACUGUGCGAUCCAACAAAAGGCCUUGGCAGCCUGUGAGAAAGAGAUGAGAGCCUCUAUUGGUGUUUCCUCUCUCUCUGAUAAGAGAGAGAGCGUGGUUUGUCCUAAACCUCGGCGUCUCGGUCUCAACAACACCACUAUUAACGACGCUAUCAGACCUCUUCGAUGGCAAUUGAGCCAUCAGCCAGAGCUCUGUGAUUCAAAAGCAGGAUCUGAACUCUUGGACAUCAUUCUUGCAAAGGGUGUUUAUGGUGCGGAACAAUCUUGCACACAGGCAGCCUCGUCGCCCCCUUUUUUUUGCGGGUCCCCGCCGAGCAGAGUAUCUAACCCAUUAAUUCAAGACGCCCGAUUUGGGGAUGACAAAGUCACCCCAGUCUCGCCAGGGUCAAUUCCUGUUCCCUCUGGUUUGUCAUCGUCUCCAUCUUCAUCCACAAGGAAAGGAGGCUGUGUUCGGGCGAAUUUUGGUAACAACCCAGCUGUGAGAGUUGAAGGGUUCGACUGCCUCGACAGGGACAGGCGAAAUUGCAGCAUCCCUGCCCUGGCUUAGAACCCAAAGUACAUACAAAAAACACUGAACCUUGAGAAACAAGGAGAAUCUACUACUUGAUUAGCAGGAGGAGAGGUAUUUUGAACAUUUUCAGCAGAGGAAGAGAGAUAUUUUGCUAGUGUAAAUAUGUUUUAUAAAGUGUCUAUAUGUAAUGUUUCUGUAAGUAUUAGAGUUGUUAUUAACAUAAAUAAUAUUUGAGAGAGGUCUUUAGGAUUUGUUCAACCCCUAUUAUGAUGUAAGUAUGAAAGUGGGGGAAUUUUCAAAGUUGUUUCCGUUUUGGGGUCUUAAAAAAAGAAAUUUAGAGGGGCGGCUUUCUGAUGAGAAUCUGUAAAAAUCUGUAGUGGGUAAUGAGUCAUCUUUGUAGUCAAUUCCACAUUGUAUAUAUAAAUGAAGUCUUUCUUUAUUAA